GGCCGCCGCGCGUCACUCACGCACAGUGCGUGGGCACGUCGGUGCGUCCGUCCCCACCCCCCGCCCCGGUAACCGGGGAAGUGGCGGCGGCGGCGGCUGCGGCUACAUCGGGGACAUCAUGAAUUGGAAUAAGGGUGGACCUGGUACAAAGAGAGGCUUUGGGUUUGGUGGCUUUGCCAUAACACCUGGCAAGAAAGAGGAGCCCAAGCUGUCUCAGCAGUCCCACAGUGCUUUUGGCACCGCCGGCUCCUCGGCUGCAUUUGCGAAAUCGGGGCCUCCUCAGCUGCCUUCCUUCUACAAAAUUGGGUCAAAGAGAGCCAAUUUUGAUGAGGAGAAUGCGUACUUUGAGGAUGAAGAGGAAGAUUCCAGCAAUGUGGAAUUGCCCUACAUUCCUGCAGAGAAUUCCCCCACUCGGCAGCAGUUCCAUUCCAAAUCAGCAGACUCUGACAGUGAUGAUGAUCCUCUGGAGGCAUUCAUGGCUGAAGUGGAGGAUCAAGCUGCUCGAGACAUGAAGAGACUUGAAGAUAAAGACAAGGAAAAAAAGAACGUUAAGGGUAUUCGAGAUGACAUUGAAGAGGAAGAUGACCAAGAGGCGUAUUUUCGCUACAUGGCAGAGAACCCCACUGCUGGUGUGGUGCAGGAGGAGGAGGAGGAUAACCUGGAGUAUGACAGUGAUGGGAAUCCAAUUGCACCAUCCAAAAAAAUCAUUGAUCCUCUUCCACCUAUUGACCAUUCAGAGAUUGAAUAUCCACCAUUUGAGAAAAAUUUCUAUGAUGAGCAUGAGGAGAUCACCAGCCUGACCCCGCAGCAAGUGGUGGAGUUACGGCAUAAGCUGAAUCUCCGGGUCUCCGGGGCUGCUCCUCCAAGGCCUGGCAGUAGUUUUGCUCAUUUUGGAUUUGAUGAGCAACUUAUGCAUCAGAUUAGGAAAUCUGAGUAUACCCAACCCACUCCAAUACAGUGUCAGGGUGUUCCAGUGGCACUAAGUGGCAGAGACAUGAUUGGGAUAGCCAAGACUGGAAGUGGGAAAACAGCUGCUUUCAUCUGGCCAAUGCUGAUCCACAUCAUGGAUCAGAAGGAGCUUGAGCCAGGGGAUGGUCCCAUCGCAGUGAUCGUCUGCCCGACCAGGGAGCUCUGCCAGCAGAUCCACUCCGAGUGCAAGCGCUUUGGCAAGGCCUACAACCUGCGCUCCGUGGCCGUGUACGGAGGAGGGAGCAUGUGGGAGCAAGCCAAGGCCCUGCAGGAGGGGGCAGAGAUCGUGGUCUGCACACCAGGUCGUUUGAUUGAUCAUGUGAAAAAGAAAGCUACAAACCUGCAGAGAGUCACUUACCUCGUGUUUGAUGAAGCUGACAGAAUGUUUGAUAUGGGGUUUGAAUACCAGGUCAGAUCAAUCGCAAGCCACGUACGUCCUGACAGACAGACCCUCUUGUUCAGUGCCACGUUCCGUAAGAAGAUUGAGAAAUUGGCUCGGGACAUUCUGAUCGACCCAAUUCGGGUUGUGCAAGGAGACAUUGGAGAGGCAAAUGAAGAUGUCACUCAGAUUGUGGAGAUUUUUCCCUCUGGGCCCAGCAAGUGGAACUGGCUGACGCGGCGCCUCGUGGAGUUCACGUCCUCCGGGAGCGUCCUCCUCUUCGUCACCAAGAAAGCCAACGCAGAGGAACUGGCCAAUAACCUCAAGCAGGAGGAUCAUAACCUGGGGCUGCUCCAUGGGGACAUGGACCAGAGUGAGAGGAAUAAAGUCAUUUCAGAAUUUAAGAAGAAGGGGAUCCCCAUCCUGGUAGCUACUGAUGUGGCAGCUCGAGGGUUGGACAUCCCUUCCAUCAAGACUGUCAUCAACUACGACGUAGCUCGGGACAUCGACACGCACACGCACCGGAUCGGCCGCACCGGCCGCGCGGGGGAGAAGGGAGUGGCCUACACCCUGCUGACCCCCAAGGACAGCAACUUCGCUGGUGACCUCGUCAGGAACCUGGAGGGUGCCAACCAGCACGUCUCCAAAGAGCUGCUGGAUUUGGCAAUGCAGAACCCGUGGUUCCGGAAAUCCCGAUUUAAAGGAGGGAAGGGCAAGAAGCUGAAUAUUGGUGGUGGUGGCUUGGGAUACCGUGAACGCCCUGGGCUGGGCUCAGAAAAUGCUGACCGUGGAAACAACAACAGUGUGAUGAGCAACUAUGAGGCCUACAAGCCAUCCACAGGGGCCAUGGGGGACAGGCUGACAGCAAUGAAAGCAGCUUUCCAGUCCCAGUACAAGAGUCACUUUGUUGCUGCAAGUUUAAAUAACCAAAAGACUGGGAGCUCUGCCGCUGGUGCCAGCGGCUGGACCAGCGCCGGGAGCCUGAACUCCGUCCCGACGAGCUCAGCGCAGCAGAACGCCGCCAAUCCCGAGAGCCCCAUCGCGGCCACGGCGGCGGCCAAGGGAGUGCCAGGCUUCACCAGCACGGGCAGCCUGAGCAGCGUGCCCCCCUUCCCCAGCGCCGGAGCGCAGGGCUUCAACAAUGCCAGCGCCAACAGCCGCGAGGGCGGCGGCGGCGGCAGAGAACGGUACAACGACAGCCGGAACAGCCGGCACGGCGAGGCCCCGCGGCGCCCGGAGAGCGGCGGUGGCCGAGGGGAGGGCGGCGGACGUUACAACGAUGGCCAACGUUACACCGAGGGCCAGCGCCACAGCGAAGGUGGUGGCCGGCACGGUGACCCCUCCCGGCACAGCGACGGCCGCCACGGCGACGUCCAUCGCCACAGCGAGGGCCGGCACUUCACCGACCUGCCCGGCGGCAACCGCAACAACGGCGACAGCAGGAACAGCGAGAGCAGGAAUGGAGAGAACAGGAAGGAGGCCAACAGCCGAGACAAGACAGAUGGUUUUGCUGUCCCAGAGCCCCCAAAACGCAAGAAGAGCCGGUGGGACAGUUAAAAGCUGGGGGUUCACAGCCUGGAAUCUCUGCAGGUAGUGUUGUCAUUUUCCAGAGGAUUUCUUGGGGUUGUUGGUAACUGGUUGUUGAGCAGCUGGGGCAGGAGAAGGAAACCAUGAGAGCCCCCAUGCGAGUUCAUCUGCGGACAGAUUCACCUGAACGAAGUGCACACAACACUUAGUGAAAGAAAUCAUUUUGAUAAAGCUCCCUGGGUUCUGCUUUGAAACAUUCAGUGCUCGAGUGACUCUGCUGGAUUUAAACAGAUCUUCUUGACAAAAAGAAGCUGUUCCACAUCCUUGGAACAUUAAUAAACUUGUCCAUAGAAGUAUAAAUUAGUCUUUUCUUAACCAGCGUUCAUAUUUACAAACCAGUCCAGUCCACCUAGAGAUGCUCAGGACCUGCCUGUUAGACAUUAAUCUUGCAGCAGUUUGGUCAGUAUGGUGAGUUCUUCCUCCAUCUCCUUUUCACAUAUUCUCCCCAGAUAAUUUGGUCUCCAGGUUACCUCUCCCCCCAUCAACUAAGAAUAUAUCAAUUUGCUUUGCUGAAGGUGGGGCAGAGCAAGUUGGUUUCAUUGUUAUGGGGUUGGGGUUUUUUUUUUGAUUUUUUAUUUUGGUGUGUGUGGAGCUGUUCCAGGGAUCCUUCUCCAUCCAGCAAACCACAAAUUCACUUGUAGUGGAGGUUGGACUCCCUGGCUUGUUUUUAAUUCCAAUCCCAUUGCCCAGAUAUUUUUUUUCUUUUGAAGAACCUUCUGUUUUCUAAUAUCCUUCAUUCUGGUGGAAGCCUGCAUAGCAAACCUGUGUCUCUGCUGUGCCUAUGCACCCUCUGUUCUGAGAGGAUUGAGUGCUUUCUUCAAAUUAAAAACAAAAAAGGGAAGACAAUGUAGAUAGACCACAACAAUCAGAGGCUGGAGCCCCCCAGGAAGUGUGGCUAAAGGAAGAAGAUUCAGAAAUUCAGGGAUCUGUUGCUCAGAAGCCUUUAGGGAGAACUCAAAAAACAAUUAAUGAAAAGAAACAGCUCAAAUUUGGCCUUGUUUUGGACACGUGUAGUAAAUCUGUAAAAUCUUGCUUGCCCAUUUUUAACUCAUUGUGUGUAUUCCCAUUUUUUAACUACUUUUUUUUUUUUUUUUUUUUGCCACAAGGUAGGGAAGAACUUUUCAGUUGGGACAUGUCAGCACCCACCGCUGGCUCGUUUCCACUGGAAGAUGUACCAGAAGCUGUCAGGGUUUUGUGACAUUGUGAUGUUUUCUUUAUCAGCUGUGCAUUUACUUUCUGCUUGCUCUAGUAAAUGUUUUAUUACUGGUACAAAAAUA